CCCACUCAGAGAGACGUGAAGUCCUGUUGCUGCCCGCUGUUGCCUCCGGCGUUCCGUUGGCGUUUUUAUAACGCCGCUUUGGGAUUGUCCUCGCUCGCUUCCGUUUGCCGCGAUGAAGCCGCUGCCUCUGCUGCUGCUGACCGCGCUCUUGUCCGGGGCGUCCGGCCAGUACACGUACGGGUACUUCAACUGGCUGGCCCGUGUCCUGGGCUACUCCCGGCCGCGCUGGCAGCCCUACGUGGAGCGGGAAGAGUCCGCCCCUUCGUCCGCCGACUGUCCCGCUGAGUGUACCUGCCCGCCCGCGCUGCCCACCGCCAUGUACUGCGACACUCGCCGCCUGAGACACGUCCCCUACGUGCCAGCGCGCAUGAAGUACGUCUACCUGCAGGACAACCUGAUCCAGGCCGUCCCUGACGGAGCGUUCGACAACGCAACCGGCCUCCUCUGGCUCGUCCUGCAUCGCAACAACAUCUCCAGCCGCGGGCUGGGCAAGCGGGUCUUCUCCAAGUUGGACAACCUCCAGCGGCUGUACCUGGACCACAACAAGCUGACCAGCAUCCCCCACCCACUGCCUCGCUCGCUGCAGGAGCUGAGGGUCGCGGGCAACAGGAUCUCCAAGGUCCAGCCCAACAAUCUCCAAGGUCUCCGCAACUUGACCACGCUUCUCCUUAACGACAACCGACUGGAGGAUGUUGGGGGCUCCCUCAAAACUCUGACGUCUCUGUCCUUCCUGGACCUCAGCCACAACCAUCUGAUGAAGGUCCCCAAGGUGAUUCCGGGCACAACGCAACAGCUGUACCUGGACUACAACCACAUCCGCGCCAUUCCCAGCCAGUACUUCCGCAAGCUCCUCAAACUCCAGUACGCCAGGAUCUCCAAUAACCAGCUGACGGACAAGGGCAUCCCUACAGGCGCCUUCAACAUCUCCAGUCUAAUCGAGUUGGAUCUCUCCCACAACAAGCUCCACAACAUACCCCCAGUCAAUGAGAACCUGGAGAAUCUCUACAUCCAUGCGAACCGCAUCAAAGAGAUUAAGGUGGCGAGUUUCUGUGCGGGUUCGGGACCCGUGACCUUCUCCAAGAUACGAGUGCUGCGUCUGGAUGGGAACGGACUCGGGCUCGGCAACUUACCGGAGGAACUUGACCGCUGCCUCCGACAAGCCAGGGUGAUAAACAUUUAACCCCCCCAGCCCCCCUCCAGUGUAGUCUUCCCUCUAGAGCUCAGGUGUACCAUAGGCAGUAGGUAGCGUGAAUGUGCUCGUUCCUGCACCUCAGGGUUUGACACAAGAAAUAAAAGAUACUGUUUACAAGAUCAUACGUGAUAGGAGCACAAUUAGGCCAUUCUGCCCAUCUAGUCUACUCCGCCAUUCAAUC